AUUAACCUUUUUAACUCUCAAAGUUUUUAUAUCCACUUUUAAUAUUUUGCUAGCUCAUUCAAUUAUUUUGAAUUUAAAUACAUUCUCUCUUCUCUUCCUCUAAUUGAUUUCAUGACAAUUAAGUAUUUUUGUAUGGUGAUGAGGAUCAAUAUUGACUGCAAUGGUUGUUAUAGAAAAGUGAAGAGAGCACUUCUUGAAAUGCCAGAAUUGGAGAGCCAUUUAUUAGAGAAGAAGCAAACAAGGGUAAUUGUGUGUGGCAGUUUCAUCCCUCAAGAUGUUGCAAUAAAGAUAAAGAAAAAGACAAAUCGAAGAGUUGAGAUAUUGGACAUACAAGAUUUGAGUGAAAACAAUGCUGAAAUUGAAGAUCAGAAACAACAAGUUACUAGCCCCCAAAAAACAAAUGAAAGAAAUAUGUUUAGUUUGAUAGAAACAAAGAGAGAAGUUCCUCCUCACAACCAUAGAGUUCACUACACAAAUUGCACUUUUUAAUCUUUAGAAUAAGUCUAAAUCCUCUAAUAAUUGCAUGUUUAUUUGUUUUUUUUAUGUAUUUAAUAUACUUUGAAAGAUAGAUUUUACUAGUUAGUUACUCUAGUGUUUGAAUUA